GGAAGAAAGAAAGAAAGAAAAAAAAAAACCAGCUUCGCAAUAGGCGUGUAUUACUCCCAGUCGCGGUAUUGCACAAUGUUGCUCAGAGCCCGCGUUGUUGCAAGUUUGGGCAGAUAACCACCAGCUGCGGUUGUGGCCGUGAGUCCGCCUCUCAUGUCCUAAAGCUCCUCCCUUUCGAGGGGUAGUUUUUUUUUUUUGUUUUUUUUCCCCUUCCCCUUUCACUCUCCGUGAGAUAUUGCGGAAUUAGUCGCGGGAAUGACCCGGGGGCACUGCGUGGCUACUUGCUCGAUUUGACAUGAUUGUCUCCCAGGCGGAAUGAAGGAGGGGAAACAAGCUACCUACGCCAGCAGGUCUUGCCGGGGCUGGUUUCUUGCUAAGUGUUGCUGCUGUUUCCCAAGGUGCAAAGAUGCCUAUUCCACCUCCUCCAAUGAAAAUGGAGCAAAAUCUGAUUCUGUGGCUAAUUUACAGCCCCACACGUCCCUCAAUUCCAUCCAGAGCUCCCCUGGUCCAAAGCGUUCAACCAACACCCUGAAAAAAUGGUUGACGAGCCCUGUACGUCGACUGAACAGCGGGAAGGCUGACAGCAACAUCAAAAAACAGAAGAAAGUACGUGAAGGAAGGAAGAGCUUUGACCUAGGAUCUCCCAAGCCUGGAGAUGAAACCACACCUCAGGGAGAUAGCGCCGAUGAGAAGAGCAAGAAAGGUUGGGGUGAAGAUGAACCAGAUGAAGAAUCUCAUACACCACUUCCUCCUCCAAUGAAGAUUUUUGAUAAUGAUCCUACACAAGAUGAGAUGUCUUCCUCUUUGCUAGCUUCUCGACAGACCAGCUCUGAUGUGCCAACUGCUGCGGAUCUUGUCAGUGCAAUAGAAAAAUUGGUCAAAAGCAAGCUGACAUUGGAAGGGGGCUCCUACCGAGGAAGCUUAAAGGAUAGUACUGGAUGUUUGAAUGAAAUUGUGACACCUUCAACCCCUCCUUCAAGAAACCUUGAAGAGGAACAAAAGGCCAAAGCAAUGAGAGGCAGGAUGUUUGUUCUAAAUGAACUGAUACAAACAGAGAAAGACUAUGUCAAGGACUUAGGAACUGUGGUGGAGGGAUUUAUGAAAAGAAUAGAAGAAAAAGGUGUUCCUGAAGAUAUGAAAGGAAAAGACAAGAUUGUGUUUGGAAACAUUCACCAGAUCUAUGAUUGGCACAAAGAUUUUUUUCUUGCUGAACUGGAAAAAUGCCUUCAGGAACAUGACCGUUUAGCACAGCUGUUCAUCAAACAUGAGAGGCGAUUACACAUGUACGUGGUAUACUGUCAAAACAAACCAAAAUCAGAAUAUAUAGUAGCUGAAUGUGGUACAUAUUUUGAGGAAGUGCAACAAGAAAUAAACCAGCGGUUAACUCUCAGUGACUUCUUAAUUAAGCCCAUUCAAAGAAUAACCAAGUACCAGUUGCUUCUCAAGGAUUUCCUGAAAUAUAGUGAAAAGGCUGGAUUGGAUUGCUCGGAGACAGAGAAAGCUGUGGAGUUGAUGUGCCUUGUUCCUAAACGCUGCAAUGACAUGAUGAAUCUGGGACGACUGCAGGGCUUUGAGGGCAAGCUGGCAGCUCAAGGGAAAUUGUUGCAACAGGAUACAUUCUAUGUAACAGAGCAGGACUCUGGAGGGUUGUCUCGGCCCAAAGAGCGCAGAGUUUUCCUCUUUGAGCAAAUAGUCAUCUUUAGUGAACUACUUAGGAAAGGCUCCUUAACACCUGGGUACCUGUUUAAGAGGAGCAUAAAGAUGACAUAUCUAAUACUUGAGGACAAUGUGGACAAUGAUCCUUGCAAAUUUGCUCUCAUGAAUCGGGAAACAUCGGAACGGUUCGUAUUGCAGUCUGCCAAUCCUGAAAUCCAACAAGCUUGGGUACAGGAUAUCAGUCAAGUACUUGACACCCAGAGGGACUUCUUAAAUGCAUUACAGUCUCCAAUAGAGUAUCAGCGGAAAGAAAGCAGCAGCACAGCUGUAAUGAGGCCCCAGACCAGCCGGGCACCUCAGCCCAUCACCAGACCCUAUUCCUCAGGACCUGUAGGACCUGAUAAAACUUCAAAGGUUACAAUGCGCAAUCCAUCGCUUCCACCUCUGAAGAUAUCUACCUCCAAUGGUAACACAGGGCAUGAACAGCACCAGCCUGAGGACAGAUAUGAACAGAGCAAGAAUGACUUGGGUGGGUGCAAUGGAACCUCUUCUAUGGUGGUCAUCAAAGAUUACUAUGCAUUAAAGGAGAAUGAGAUCUGUGUCAACCAGGGUGAAGUGGUCCAAGUACUUGCCAUUAACCAGCAGAACAUGUUCCUUGUAUACCAGCCUGCCAAUGACCACUCACCAGCAGCAGAAGGAUGGAUCCCAGGAAAUAUCUUGGCUCCCCUCACUAAAUCAACUACAGAUAGUAGCGACGGAAGCAUAAAGAAGUCAUGUUCAUGGCAUACCCUGCGCAUGAGAAAGCGGGCGGAAAAGGAAAGCAGUGGCAAAACGGAAGCCAAUGGCCUACGUAAACCCAAGGAUAUUCUGGGCAACAAAGUCUCUGUUAAAGAGACAAACAGUUCAGAAGAGUCAGAAUGUGAUGACCUUGACCCCAACACUAGCAUGGAGAUCAUCAACCCAAAUUUCAUCCAGGAAGUUGCUCCUGAGUUUCUCGUGCCCUUAGUGGAUAUCACUUGCUUACUUGGAGACACCGUAAUGUUGCAGUGCAAAGUCUGUGGGCGGCCCAAACCAACCAUCACCUGGAAAGGACCGGAUCAAAACAUACUUGACAAUGACAGCAGCACCGCUGCCAUUACGAUUACCUCCUGUGAAUCAGGUGACAUUACCCUAAAGAUCUGCAACGUGAUGCCUCAGGACAGUGGCAUUUACACCUGUGUGGCCACAAAUGAACUUGGGACAGUAUCCACAUCCGCAACGAUCAAAGUACAAGGGGUUCCAGCUGCCCCAAAUCGGCCUAUUGCUCAGGAAAGAAGUUGCACUUCAGUGAUUCUCCGCUGGCUGCCUCCAUCCAGCACAGGCAACUGUACCAUUUCAGGCUACACAGUCGAGUACAGAGAAGAAGGCUCCCAGAUCUGGCAGCAGUCUGUUGCCUCAACUUUGGACACCUACCUCGUUAUUGAAGACCUCACACCUGGCUGUCAGUACCAGUUCCGGGUCAGCGCCAGCAAUCCCUGGGGAAUUAGCUUACCCAGCGAGGCCUCUGAAUUUGUGAAACUCCCAGAAUACGACUCUGCAGCGGAUGGUGCCACCAUUACUUGGAAAGAGAAUUUUGAUUUUGCCUAUACAGAGCUGAAUGAAAUUGGACGGGGCCGAUUUGCUGUCGUAAAGAAAUGUAUUCACAAAGCCACAAGGAAGGAUGUUGCAGUGAAGUUUGUCAAUAAAAAAAUGAAAAAGAAAGAACAGGCCGCACAUGAAGCAGCCAUGCUGCAACACCUACAACACCCUCAGUAUAUCACCAUUCAUGACACUUAUGAGUCACCAUCUUCCUACAUCUUAGUUUUAGAACUAAUGGACGACGGCCGUCUCUUGGAUUAUCUUAUGAAUCAUGAUGAACUGAUGGAGGAAAAAAUAGCUUUUUAUAUAAGAGAUACGAUGGAAGCUUUACAAUAUCUUCACAAUUGUCGAGUUGCUCAUCUGGACAUAAAGCCAGAAAAUUUGCUGAUUGAUUUACGGAUCCCAGUGCCGCGGGUUAAGUUAAUUGACCUUGAAGAUGCUGUUCAAAUCACAGGCCAUUACCAUGUUCAUCAUCUGCUUGGAAAUCCUGAAUUUGCUGCUCCAGAAGUUCUCCAGGGGGCUCCAGUGUCCCUGGGCACAGAUAUCUGGAGUCUUGGAGUGCUCACCUAUGUCAUGUUGAGCGGUGUUUCUCCCUUUCUUGAUGAAAGCAGGGAGGAGACAUGCAUCAAUGUGUGCCGAGUAGAUUUCAGCUUUCCCAAUGAGUACUUUUGCGAUGUAAGCCAUGCUGCCAAAGAUUUCAUCAACGUCAUCCUUCAGGAAGACUUCAGGAGGAGACCUACGGCUGCCACUUGCUUGCAGCACCCGUGGCUGCAGUUUCAUAAUGGCAGCUAUUCCAAAAUACCUCUGGAUACCUCACGCCUGGCUACUUUCAUUGAACGCCGCAAACACCAGUUCGAUGUGCGCCCCGUUCCCAACGUUAAGAGUUUCAUUAUGAGCAGAAUGAACCUAGGAACGUAAAGCAAUAUAAUUGUUUCAAUGUUUCAAUGAUAAUGCAGCACUACAGCCAGUGAAAAUGGAUUCUCUGCAACUCUUCCUCUCUGUACAGAGUAUGACAUUUGAUGUGAUUGUUGAGGAAAGUGUGUACCAUUCCAGCAGUUACAUUAUCUAAAUAGUUAGAAUUAGAUGCUUUCUCAGGUUGCCUCAGGUGCAACAUCUUUGGGGGUGUGUGUGUUGUUGUAACUACAUGGUCAUGUUCAAUAAGAUGGCAUCAGACAAGAACAGGAACCAAAACACAGUUAUCUUCUUUCUGAAAGAUUUGAGGAUCUUCAACCAUCUGAAAGAUCUAGACAGCUUUGCUAAUUAUAUGAAUAGUUGAAUGAUAUAUCUGAAAUUCAAUCAAAAAUGGGGAAAAAAAACAAAACCAGGUAACUAUUUAAAGUCAGCUAAAGAAACUGGACAGGAUAAAUACUGGAUUCUGUGAAAAUCGCCAUCCUCGUGUUAAUCAGAGCUUUCCUCUAAGGCGGAUUUCAUUAAAUCUUGAACUAGAAUUAAUCUUGCAGUAAGAGUGCUGUACUUGAGACUCACAGUAACAGUGAAGUGAUAGAUAGAUCAAGUGGUAUUGAUCAAGAUAUCGGCAGACCAUUGCCAAUAAGGCCUCUUGGGAUGCCACACGUUUUUUUUUGUUCAAGAUUAAUGUACUAUAAAGUAGCCGUGUGCUACUGAUAAGAUGGUAAGAGUAAAGUAAUGGAAACAUCAAAAACAUUUAGAUGAAGCACAAAAAAGUGAUUUUUUUAAAUUAAAGUUUUAUAGCUCUUGUACAGAAAACUUUUGUUGAGAAAAAGCUAUCUUAAAAUAAGUGCUGUAUCUGUAAACUAGAUGUCAAAAAAAAAAAAUUCUAUUUGAAGAAUGUUUGUUGAAUCCUCAUCUUCUCUGUAACCUGAAAAGGAUCUUAUUUCCUUUUAUCUUAUAAAAAGUUGCUCAGUUGUUAAUUCAAGCCAAAGUUGGCCAAGGUGUGGUAAACAUAGUGGGUCCAUCUUUAUGCUUAUGGCUCUGAAAUUGGUCUUAGUACAUAAGGCUAAUAGUUUACUAUGACUGUAUGCAUUUAUCUUCUUAGCUCCAUUUCUCAAAUAUGGGUGGGUUGUUGUUGUUUUUUUAUCCCAAAGCAUUGUAUGAAACAACUCAACGAUAACAUUAAAAGUCAUUGCCAUAUUAGAUUCUGAUUAGCCAAGGACCCAACAAUGUAACAGCUCUUUAACAACCAUUUCAAAUGAAGUGUUUUUUUUUAAAUAAUAGUUCAUUAUCUUCGUAAAACCAUUCCAACACUGAACACCCCAAGAGUAUUUUAAUACAGCUAGUGAAUUAUUCAUGCCUUGCUGAAUUGACAUUCUUUAGAAGUCAAAUCAAUCAAAACAUCCAUCUGUUUUUUUCUCCUUUUCCCACUUCCCCAACAAUUGAUGUCCUCCAUGCCUUAGGGUAGGCUGAUUUAUUUAGUGAUUAUCUACCAAUAUGACGGUUGCUACCAUCUUACAUGCAGAGAUAAUGGGCUCCUGUUGUUGGAUCACAAAGUGCCAAUGAUUUGAGGGUGUCCUUUCACUACUCGAGAUAUAAAAAGCUCCUGAUACAAUACUUUCAAAGCCAAAUGUAUUGUUUGGAGAAAAGAUAAAAUAAAUCUCAUCAUUCUGGAAAAAGCAAAGGAAUAAUUGACGCUUUCAUCCCUUGGCACGAUGGCACAGAUAAUUAGGUUUCCAAAUGAAUGCAUAACCCCCGUGAUAAGCUGACAUUUGGUAACUUUGUUGGUAUUCUGUCAACAGUGGCGCCAAGUGUUUUCCUCUCAGAGCCCACAAGACCGAGAACUCUUGUACAAUUGAAAGUUAGGGAAGGUGGGGAAGGAACCGUCAACAGUUCUUGCAAUUUUAUAAUGAAUAGUGACAAGAAUUGUAGAAGAGAAUUGAACUCAAUUCCUAAAGAAAACGUGGGGCAAAGAGAAUUACCAUACAGAGUAAGUUUUCUAUUCUGCAACAAGCAUUGCUACUUUUCUCCUUGUUCUUUUCCAGGAGUGAUUAAGCAUCAAUAUAUUUUUUUUCUGGCUUAAAAGGAUUGGGUCUGGGGUCAAGAAUACUAAAACAGGAAGAAUUCCAAAUCUUUAGCAUGUUAGAUUUAAUGGGUUAGAUCAGGGAUUAUUAUUAUUUAAUUCUAUCAGGAUUACUGAGCAAAGUUCUAUCUCAAAGGUUUCUGCCAUAGAAAGGCGUGUGACUCUUGCCGAUUCCACACUCUGUCUAGGGCAAAGCUCCUGGUGUUGUUCAUUUAUUUUUCCAGGGGUUUCCUCCAUCUUCUGAAAUAGGUUGGUUUUUUUUUUAGGGGAGAUAUAGAAUUGCUAGAAUUGGGAGAAAAUAAGGAUAUAUUUUCUCCCCUGCUCUUCUGAUGGAAAUUCUUUAGUGGGUUUAAAGUCUCCUGUUUACUGAAGGAAUUUAUAAAGUCCAACAAAGACCCUAUCAUCUAUUUCAGAUGUAAGAAUCUCCAUCUAUUAACUUUUUGGACCAAGAUCCUGGUCUGACCUCGUUUUUAUCUAUUUUAUUUUGUGGGGAGCCUACUUCAUUUUUUUUCAGACAUUAUGCCUUAAGAACCAAGAAAACAUUCGCCAAAUGAAGAAAGGGAAAUAACAAGGAUUAAAUUCACAGGUGCACAGGCCACCUUGUCUGAACUGGCACAAUAUUGGGGUUACUAAAACCUCCGUCCCAAAGACAUUUGCAGUUUUUUCUUGGCAAUUCUCUCUCUUGCAUCUUGUUUUACUUGGUGCAUGCUCUUUACAAUAUAAAUUAUGGUUUUGUAAGACUCAUGUCAUGCUUAAUAAUAAUUCUAAAUCAAAUUAACAGGGCUGUUUCCCUAAUAUUUUCCCCUUUUUCUAUCAAACUUCUCCAAACAAGUGCUAUAGAUGUUUUUAUCCCUUGUCUCACUAGAUAAGUAAUAAUCAAUAGAGGAAAGCAGAACAAACAGUACAGAAAAUGAAUUGAUAUUAGGAUUUGGGGCUAUUAAGUAUAUAUAGAGUGCCUUUGCUAGGAAAAAAAAAAAGGCAAAGUCCUUUUCCUUUAAAUACAAGAUGUUCAUUUUUUCAUAAUCCAUUUUUUUCUCCUAGAACUUUGCUGUACUUACUAUCAAAGUAACGGUCAUAUGUUGCAAUGCUGUCAUAACAUGGAAUGUAAGAUCAGAUCAAUUCCUUGUUGCCUUUAGAAACUAUUUCUAAAAGGCACUGACAAUCAUCUAAAGGUGUGGCAUGUGGGCUCAGGUAAAAACAAAAGCCAUGAUUCAACUGAAGUUGGAUCCUAAAAUCACACCUAUUCCUUAAGAUCUAUGCUGCACUGCUACAUAUACUAAUGAGUAAGUCUAGCUGAAAAAAAUGCCACAUCCAAGUAAAGAUGUUUUUUAAAAUUAUGGGCAAUUUUUGCUAGACCUGAAACAAUCUAACAGAAGCGUCACCAUUUUAUUUAUGGAUGUAAUUUGUUUAAAUUUCCUUUCUUCAAGCUGUGCUAGCCAUUAGCUUCACAAUUGCCUACCUGGGCGUCCAGUUCUGCUACUCUUCGUAUACAUCAAUCAAAUGUUCACAAAUGCUCCCAAUUUGAGUCACGUGUGAUCCUAAAAAAAAUGUAUGACUUUUAUACAGAAUAGUUUACUAUGAAUUAUUGCUGAAAUCUUCACUGCAAGCAAACAUUGGGAUAAACCCUGGUGAUUUUGUGACUGGUGCUCCAUAGAAUAAGCAUAAAUUGUGACACAAAUCUGACAGUGUUUCUUCAGAUAUUAAAGCAACUGUUACUUCAAAGGGCUCUGUAAUGUGGAUGUAAAACCUAUCUAGUCCAAUUACCUGUUUUUUUGCAUCAAGAGCAAUCAGAUGCUACACAAAUAAAAGAGGCUGGGAGUUGUGUGUUUUUUAAAGCUCAUCUAUCAAAAUAUGAAAAUCUCGUUUUGUGAGACAAUGUUAGCAAAGUAGUUCAAGACAGGCUGCAAGCAGAUGUAUUAUUCUGGCCCUUAUUCAGUGUCUUGGAUCUGUCCGACACAGCUGUAUGUUCUUUCUUAAAGAACCACUGAUUACAUGUGGUCAAGUGUGACUAGCAAUGAUUUGGGUCCUUUAGCAUGUAGCCCAGAACGGCUCUACACCAUCGGAAUCUCAAAAAAUUCUGAAAGUGCCAUUUCCAUGGACUUCUUUCCUUUCCUAUUUGUUUCGAGCAUCUAUUAUUCAUCAGAUGGUGGUGCUUUCUUAGCAUAAUAAAAUCAAACCCACCCUUUUCCUCUUAAAUACUCAUUCUAAAAUCAUUAUAUUAAUGAUUGUCAACAUGUCAGGAUUAGUUGGCUUAUUUAUACUUUUAAAAUAGGAAAACGCUUGUUCUAUUUAAGCCAUAUUUUGCAUUCUAUUUUUAUGUGCUAGUGCUUUAAUCAGAUCUUUGUAUUUUGCUAGCAAAUUAUUCUGAUUUUGCCCAUGUGACUCCACAAUAGACACAUAUUCUGUCGUGUGAAGAACAUUACAUAUCUUUCCAUAUUUAUUUAUGAGUAAGCCCCAAUGAAUUCAAAGAUGAACAGUUUGAGUACAGUCCUACAAACAACAUUUGGAUAUACGAGUCAUUCAAUUUGGUGGGACUUGUUCAUAGAGAUACACAUUGGAUUACACUAUUACUACAAUGGACUUGCAGCUGUUGUGUAAGGUCCCACCAAUAGUGAGAACUGUAGGAAAGUUAUUAUAGUAAUGGGUUGUUGUUUUUUUGGAUGGAGACAACUAUAUAUCUGAGAUGCUGUCAGGAUUUCCACAAAGGAAAUAAUCAGACUAAAUAACUCCUAUUCCCAUCCUUUCAAAGGUCAAGGUGCAAACUUAUUUCACAGCCUUAAACAAAUUUCAGUCUUUUGCUGGUCUGCCUUAAGUGGUAUUAUUUUAUUGUUAAUUUCAUUUUAUAUGCAUAUGUGUUUUGUAAAGAAGCAUUUUGUAAAUAUUUUAUUUAUACCUCUUCAUAUGUAAUGUUGUAAUGUUCCUAUUCUUUGGCAACGUAUGAUCUCUAUGGAUAAAAAGUUACAUUUUAGGCUACUACCUUCCUUAUAAAUGCAAUAUAUAAAAGAGUUAGCCCUGGAUUGUUUUAGAAUAUAUAAUUAAUUGUUCUGAUAAAAUUGACUAAGCCAUAUAUAAUACAUUUGGUGAGUAGACGUUUUUAUUUUGGCCGCUAUCAAUGAUCCCCAACUUGUGAUCCAAUAUCCAUUGGUGGCCUGCAAGAAUAUAGCAGGUGUCGAUGACACUGACAGAAAAAAAAAAGCCCCAAAUCUCAUGAUCACCCAAU